GUAAAGGAAAUUUCCUGGAACCAGUCCUAACCAAUAACUGUUGACUGUUCACGUUACUACAUAUUUCUCAACAACGUUACCGCUCCACACCCAUAGUCUUCUCCGCCCACCGAGACCACCUUCAUCUCCUUCUACUUCCUACCCAGAAAUAGAAUGUCGCUCUAGUUGAUUUGGUCUUCUCAAGAAUUUCUGUAAGGUAUAGUGUUGAUGGGGGGAGCUUCUUCAAGACGUGCAAGUCCUAGACAGCCUUCAUCUGUGGGAUCUCAAUCAUACUCAUGGAAUCAUCAGUAUCCGCAGUCAUCUUACCAACCACCAAACCAAGAUUAUGGGCAACAACAUAAUUUUGCACCUCCAGUUCAAACCUCCAGUGCCAGUCAGGCUCACGAGUCAAGAAGGAGGUUAGAGAGGAAGUAUUCAAAGAUUGACGAUAAUUAUAAUAGCCUGGAGCAGGUUACUGAAGCAUUGUCACGCGCUGGCCUGGAGUCUUCCAAUCUUAUUGUUGGUAUUGACUUCACAAAGAGCAACGAGUGGACUGGCAAAAGGUCCUUCAACCGGAGAAGUUUGCAUCACAUUGGGGAUGAACAAAAUCCCUACGAGCAGGCAAUAUCUAUUAUUGGGAAAACAUUGUCUACAUUUGAUGAGGAUAACUUAAUUCCCUGUUUUGGAUUUGGAGAUGCAUCAACGCAUGAUCAAGAAGUUUUCAGUUUCUAUUCCGAUGAAAAAUUUUGUGAUGGGUUUGAAGAAGUAUUGAGUCGAUAUAGGGAAUUGGUCCCUCAUCUACGGCUUGCUGGGCCAACAUCCUUUGCCCCUGUCAUUGAAAUGGCCAUCACCAUUGUCGAGCAAAGUCAUGGCCAGUAUCAUGUGUUAUUGAUAAUUGCUGAUGGGCAGGUAACAAGAAGUGUUGAUACUGAACGUGGUCGGCUAAGCCCACAGGAAAAGAAAACUGUUGAUGCAAUUGUGAAAGCCAGUGACUAUCCCUUGUCAAUUGUGUUAGUUGGUGUUGGAGAUGGUCCAUGGGACAUGAUGAGAGAAUUUGAUGAUAACAUCCCUGCUCGUUCCUUUGACAAUUUCCAGUUCGUGAAUUUUACAGAAAUAAUGUCAAAGAACAUGGACCGAUCGAGAAAAGAAGCCGAGUUUUCUCUUUCAGCCUUGAUGGAAAUACCAUCCCAGUAUAAAGCAACACUGGAGCUCCAUUUAUUGGGUUCUACCAGGGGGAAGGCUAUAGACAGGAUUCCUCUUCCCCCACCUAUGUAUGGUGCAGCUUCAUUCAGCGGCAGAAAACCUUCAUAUUCAAGCAGUUUUCGACAAACUGCACCCUCUUCUGUGGGACAAAAUACAGUUCGUGGCUCAGCUCCUCCUCCUCCUCCAAGUUAUGCUUCUGAUAAUCAUGUUUGUCCCAUUUGCCUUACCAAUCCAAAGGACAUGGCCUUUGGUUGUGGACAUCAGACAUGUUGUGAAUGCGGAGAGGAUCUUGAAUUAUGCCCCAUUUGCCGGAGCACCAUCCAAACCAGAAUAAAGCUCUAUUAACUGGUGCCGCCUUCAUUUUCAGCUCCCAGUCUCUGCCAGUCCCUUUCCUGGUUGGGAGUUUGAUGCUGGAUUUCGCCAGACACGGUAUCUGACAUCUUAAGAGUCAGAGGCAAGUGAUGUACUCAUCAGAUCUCGUUUCUUGUACAUAUUUCAAGUCUUUAUCGAUUCAUAAACCAUGUUUUCAAUACAUCUUAUGUACACGUGAUUAUGGGGACUUUGAGUUGGAUGAAGUUGGUCAAGAUUUUUUUUCUUUUGUUGUAUUAAAAAAAGAAACUUUUUCCCA